GCUGCCGAGUCGAUAUUAUUUAUGUAUUUGUUGUAAACAAAAAGAGCGCGAUUUUGUGCAAAAAUCGCAGUCUAAUAUAAUAAAAUGCACAUCAAGCAGAUUAUUAUACAAGGCUUCAAGAGUUACAAGGACCAGACGGUGGUGGAGCCAUUCGACAAGCGCCACAACGUUGUAGUCGGACGCAAUGGCUCCGGCAAGAGCAACUUCUUCUACGCCAUCCAGUUCGUGCUGAGCGAUGAGUUCACCCACUUGCGGCCGGAGCAGCGCCAGUCGCUGCUGCACGAGGGAACCGGUGCCCGCGUCAUCUCCGCCUAUGUGGAGAUCAUCUUCGACAACUCGGACAACCGGGUGCCAAUCGACAAGGAGGAGAUCUUCCUGCGGCGCGUGAUCGGCGCCAAGAAGGACCAGUACUUCCUCAACAAGAAGGUGGUGCCGCGCAACGAGGUGGUCAAUCUGCUCGAGUCGGCCGGCUUCUCCAGCUCGAAUCCCUACUACAUUGUGAAGCAGGGCAAGAUCAACCAGAUGGCCACGGCGGCCGACUCGUAUCGCCUGAAGCUGCUGCGCGAGGUGGCCGGCACGCGGGUGUACGACGAGCGGAAGGAGGAGUCGCUCAAUCUGCUGCGCGAGACGGACAGCAAGGUGGAGAAGAUCAGCGAGUAUCUGAAGACCAUCGAGGACAGGCUGCAGACGCUCGAGGAGGAGAAGGAGGAGCUGAAGGAGUACCAGAAGUGGGACAAGACGCGACGCACCCUCGAGUACAUACGCUACGAGACGGAGCUGAAGGACACGCGCAAGGCGCUCGACGAGCUGCAGCUGCAGCGCAAGUCGUCGUCGGACAAGAAGAAGAUCUACAACAUCGAGAUCCAGAGGGCGCAGGAGAAGAUCAAGGAUGUGCAGAAGAACCUCAAGGAGGCCAAGAAGAAGGUGCAGGGCACCAAGGAGGAGCGCUCCGUCCUGAUGACCGAGCAGCAGCAGCUGCUGCGCGAGAAGACCAAGCUGGAUCUCACCAUCGUGGAUCUGAAUGACGAGGUGCAGGGCGACAACAAGUCGAAGGAGCGCGCCGACCAGGAGCUCAAGAACCUCAAGGUCACGAUAGCCGAGCGCGAGAAGGAGCUGGACGACGUGAAGCCCAAGUACGAGGCGAUGAAGCGCAAGGAGGAGGACUGCUCCCGCGAGCUGCAGCUGAAGGAGCAGAAGCGCAAGGAGCUCUACGCCAAGCAGGGGCGCGGCUCGCAGUUCUCCUCGCGCGAGGAUCGCGACAAGUGGAUCACCAAUGAGCUGAAAUCGAUCAGCAAGCAGACGCGCGACAAGAUCGCCCAUCAUGCCAAGCUGGUGGAGGACCUCAAGAAGGACGCCACCUCCGAGAAGGAUCUGGGCCAGAAGAUCGAGGAGCACUCCUCGGAACUGGAGCAACUGCGCCUGCAGAUCGACGAGCACAACAAGAAGUACUACGAGCUGAAGAAGACCAAGGACCAGCACCAGUCGAUGCGCAACGAGCUGUGGCGCAAGGAGACCCAGAUGACGCAGCAGCUGCAGACGCACAAGGAGGAGCUCUCCCGCGCCGACCAGGCGCUGCGCAGCAUGGCCGGCAAGCCGAUCCUCAAUGGCUGCGAUUCGGUGCGCAAGGUGCUCGACAGCUUCGUCGAGCGCGGCGGUCAAUCGGCGGAGAUUGCGCGUGCCUAUUACGGCCCAGUGAUUGAGAACUUUAGCUGCGACAAGACCAUCUACACGGCCGUCGAGGUGACGGCCGCCAAUCGGCUGUUCCAUCACAUUGUCGAGUCCGAAUACGAGGGCACCCAGAUCCUCAAGGAGAUGAACAAGCUGAAGCUGCCCGGCGAGGUGACCUUUAUGCCGCUGAACCGCCUGCAGGUGAAGAUCCACGACUAUCCCGACGAUCCCGACUCCAUACCGAUGAUCUCGAAGCUCAAGUACGACGAGCAGCACGACAAGGCGCUGCGCUACAUCUUCGGCAAGACGCUGAUCUGCAGGAACUUGGAGCGAGCCACCGAGCUGGCCAAGAGCACGGGGCUGGAUUGCGUGACGCUGGACGGCGAUCAGGUGUCGUCGAAGGGCUCCCUCACAGGCGGCUACUUCAAUACCUCCCGCUCGCGUUUGGAGAUGCAAAAGAAACGCACCGAGUACACCUCACAGAUAGCCGAGUUCGAAAAGAAGCUAAGCAAGCUGCGAAACGAACUAAAGUCCACGGAGAACAACAUCAAUUCGAUUGUCAGCGAGAUGCAGAAGACGGAGACGAAGCAGGGCAAGUCGAAGGAUGUGUUCGAGAAGGUGCAGGGCGAGAUCAGGCUGAUGAAGGAGGAGCUGCUGCGCAUCGAGCAGUAUCGGGCGCCCAAGGAGCGCUCGCUGGCGCAGUGCAAGGCCUCGCUGGAGUCGAUGACCAGUACCAAGUCCAGUCUGGAGGCCGAGCUCAAGCAGGAGCUCAUGUCCACGCUGUCGUCGCAGGAUCAGCGCGAGAUAGACCAGCUAAACGACGAUAUCCGGCGGCUGAACCAGGAGAACAAGGAGGCCUUCACGCAGCGCAUGCAGUUCGAGGUGCGCAAGAACAAGCUGGACAAUCUGCUGAUCAACAACCUCUUUCGGCGGCGCGACGAGCUCAUCCAGGCGCUGCAGGAGAUCUCCGUGGAGGAUCGCAAGCGCAAGCUGAACAACUGCAAGACGGAGCUGGUCUCCGCCGAGAAGCGCAUCAAGAAGGUCAACGCCGAUCUGGAGGAGAUCGAGAAGCGGGUCACGGAGGCCGUGCAGCUGCAGAAGGAGCUGCAGGGGGAGCUCGAGACGCAUGUGCGCAAGGAGAAGGAGGCCGAGGAGAAUCUCAACAAGGAUUCCAAGCAGCUGGAGAAGUGGUCGACCAGGGAGAACAUGCUGAACGAGAAGAUCGACGAGUGCACCGAGAAGAUAGCCAGUUUGGGCGCCGUUCCCCAGGUGGAUGCCGCCUACAGCCGCAUGUCGCUGAAGAACAUCUUCAAGGAGCUGGAGAAGGCCAAUCAGCAUCUGAAGAAGUACAAUCAUGUGAACAAGAAGGCCCUCGAUCAGUUCCUCAGCUUCUCCGAGCAAAAGGAGAAGCUGUAUCGCCGCAAAGAGGAGCUGGAUAUCGGGGAUCAGAAGAUCCACAUGCUCAUCCAGUCGCUGGAGAUGCAGAAGGUGGAGGCCAUACAGUUCACCUUCCGCCAGGUGGCCCAGAACUUCACCAAGGUCUUCAAGAAGCUGGUGCCCAUGGGCGCCGGCUAUUUGAUACUCAAGACCAAGGACAACGAGGGCGAGGAGAUGGAGAAGGAGGUGGCCAACUCGGACGCCUUCACGGGCAUCGGCAUUCGGGUCUCCUUCACCGGCAUCGAGGCCGAGAUGCGCGAGAUGAACCAGCUGUCCGGCGGCCAGAAGUCCCUGGUCGCCCUGGCCCUCAUCUUCUCCAUCCAAAAGUGCGAUCCGGCUCCCUUCUACCUGUUCGACGAGAUAGAUCAGGCCCUGGAUGCAAUGCAUCGAAAGGCGGUGGCGGACAUGAUCCACGAGCUGAGCGACACGGCCCAGUUCAUCACGACAACGUUCCGGCCGGAAUUGCUGGAGAACGCGCACAAGUUUUAUGGAGUGCGAUUCCGCAACAAGGUCAGCCACAUCGAUUGUGUGACCCGCGAGGAAGCCAAGGACUUUGUCGAGGACGACAGCACCCACGCCUAAGUCGCGAGAGAUUUUCCCAGCCAAAUCCACAUCCCCCAGCCCACCACCCCUCGUCAUCC